CUCUCAUGUGGUGGACUGCCUGGCGAUUAUGAAAUAGGUGAGGAUGGCAAUGAUGGCCACCAGAAUCAGCGGGAUGAUCCCACUCAUCCCGCCACCGCCGGACGAGGCAGCCUGCACACGCGACAAAUGGGAUGCAACACACAAGUGAGUGCCGUCUGUGUGCCUGACGUACACACGGCUUUCUUUCUGUCUGACCUUCUUGGCCUUCUCGUCCUUCGGCACCACACAGCCGGUUGCAGUCUCCUCGUGCCCCUCGAGGACGCCGAUCUCGUAGGGGACGGCCUGGUGCCUGGCGCUAUCGCUGUGACCGAUCUCCUCAAACUCCUCGCUUGUGUCCUGACCUGCACACACACACAGAGAGAGGGUGGAGUGUCUGUCUGUCUGUGUGUCCGGUGGGAGGGUUGAUUUGUUGGGCUGGCUGCCUGGCUACCGGCGAUGUUUGUGAUGACUUCAGGUCCGCCCGGGUGGUCCGGGAGGAACUUAGUGAUGUCGUAGACCUUGCCGUGAACAGCUAUCCAGCAGUCGUCCUCGGUGUUGUGCUUGGCCAUCUCCUCCUUGCUGAUCACGCGCUGCUUGGCUGCUGGUGGGGCAGCCGCACCGCCUUCCUGCUGCUGCUGCUGCUGCUGCUGUGCGUCCGUCUCGCCCAUCUUGCCGCUCUGCUCCUCUCCUGCACUGGAAAGAACCAACAGCCGCCAAAGUCAACAGAUCUGCGCUUGGGUGGGUGAGGACUGCCCG